AUGCGAUUGUUGCUGUUCGUUCUGGCUGUUGUCGCUGCUGCUCAGGCAUUUUUCACAUUUCGAGGGCAGUCACCGUCUGACGAAUUUCGUGUGGUUAAUAUACCGGUGAAUGCGAAUGCAGUGAUUUCGCCACGAUUUCGACCGUAUCUUAAACGACGAUUUGUUCUACCACGUAUGGGAAUGCCGACUUACGUUCGUGAAGGUGAUCUUCCUAGAAGGAAUUGA